UGGCGUAUCUGAGUGAAGAAGAAGAUAGUGACGUGAAGAUCGCAGCGCCAAAAUUUUAGAUUGUUUAAAUCAAAUCUAAAACAAGGGUUUAAAUCAAACUCACCAUAGCAAACACUCCUCACUUCUGCUUUUGCUUUCCCUUUCUCACGCUAAGGUGUGUAUAAAGGAAGGCUUUGGGAUGAAGAGGAGUAGGUCAUCAUCUGAAGAUGAAGCUGAGACUGAGGCUGAGGUUCAGUCACUCUCUGUGUCAAAUUACCACAUUGUAGAUGAUGAGGACAAUCCUGUAUCUUUUGCUGUGUUGCCAAUUCAUUGGAGUGAUUCUGAGAACUCUGAAGCCGCCAACAAAGGAAAGGUGUUCAUAGAUGGGGACACCGAUAAUGGGCUGAAGAAAAUUUUCAUGCAAGUCACCGCGUGGAGAUUUGAUCUCUCCAAUGUGAGACUCGAGAUAUCUUUGCUUUCAAAGGAUGGAAGGUGGAUCAAGCUUCAGAAACCUAGGAAGGGGUUUCAGAAUAAAAUAAGGACCGUUUUGAUCACCCUUCACUUCCUGCAUCGUGUGAAGAAAAAACGUCAAAUGUCUGAGAUAUCUGUCUGGCAAGACUUGAGUAAGGAUACGGAGUUGAGCUCUUCUGGGGUUAAGCCUUCACAAAAGGAUUUAUCGGACCAUGUGCCUUUGAUUCGUGAAGCUGCCAAAAGGGACUCAGUCUUAGCUAAAUCCAAGCUUUUACUCAUGGUUUUGGAGAAACUGAAUAGUCAAAAACUUCUUGAUAAGGAAGUCAACGAUUUGGCUCAACCUGGACUUACAGUUGUUGGAAUUGACAGUGAUAUGAUAGAUGAAUCUAAUGAAGAAUCAGAAGAAAGGGAUGAUCUGGAUGUUUGUGCACUUUGUGACAAUGGUGGUAAUGUUACUUGUUGUGACGGAGUGUGCAUGAGAUCAUUUCAUGCUACUGUGGAGGCUGGUAGAGAAAAUAGUUGUGUUUCUCUUGGUUUUACCCAGAAGGAAGUUGAUGAGAUCCAAAGCUUUUAUUGUAAGAAUUGUGAAUAUUAUCAGCACCAAUGCUUUGCAUGUGGCAAGCUGGGGUCAUCUGAUAAAGUUAAGGGUGCCGAGGUUAUUAAAUGUGUUUCUGCGACCUGUGACCGUUUUUAUCAUCCACAUUGUGUUGCAAAGUUACUUCCUCAGCUAGCUAAGCCUGUUGCAGAGGAUCUUGAGAGAAAUAUUGCUGAUCGGGUUCCUUUUAUUUGUCCCCUUCAUUAUUGCUGUGUCUGUAAAGAAUUGGAAAAUAAGGUGGAUCCUGAGUUGCAAUUUGCUGUUUGUAGGCGUUGUCCAAAGUCAUAUCAUCGCAAAUGUUUGCCAAGAGAAAUUGCUCCUAGCAACAGAGGUAACAAAAAUAUUAUACAAAGGGCUUGGGAAGGUCUUUUACCAAAUAACCGCAUUCUGAUAUAUUGCUUAAAUCACAAGAUCGAUCGUGAACUUGGGACUCCUGUAAGAGAUCAUAUAAAAUUCCCCAAUAUGGAACCUACUGUUCAAAAAAUUAAUACUACUAUUGAGCAGAAGGAACCUGCAACUAAAGAGAGGGUUAUACUGAAGAAGAAAAAUGUUGACUUAGAUAAUUCAUCUGGCAAAAGCAUUGCUAAAGGAUCUAAAUUGACUGGAAAACUGUCUUCUCACAAAGUUGGUAGCAAGAAGACUAAAAAGAUUAUUUCUGGUUCAAAUAUCUCAAGAAAGCCAAAAUCAAAAGAAACAUCAAGGUGUUUGACUGAAAAUAAGAGGUCAAUCUCAAAGAAAUCUGAAAUGUCUGACUCUGAGCAAAACUAUAACCAGCCUACAAUAGGUGAGAUAUAUGCUCUCCAAAAAGAGGGUUUGAAGCGAAUCAAGCAUGACAAUAAGGUCAAUAAUGUGAUUACUAAUCCCCUGUCUGUGAAGCCUAUCGAAUCACUGAGUGUUGAAUUGCCUCCAUUGGAUGCUGAUUCAGAAAAGAGUUUGUUGACUUUAUUUAAAGAAGCUAGAUCAUCAAUUACAUUGGAGAGUGUCUUAGAAAAGCACACAUUUGCUUCUACUCAUACUCACCCGUUGAGAAAUGUUGUGGAGAAGACCAUUACAAUGGGGAAGCUGGAAUACUCAGUUAAUGCUGUUCGAACAGCUUUAAGGAAAUUAGAGAGUGGAUGCAGCAUUCAGGAUGUAAAAGCUUUUUGUGACCCUGAUGAUCUGAAGCAGUUAUUUAAGUGGAAGGAUGAGCUGAAAAUAUAUCUUGCUCCCGUUCUAUAUGGUAACCGCUAUACAUCAUAUGGUCGCCAUUUUACACUUGUGGAAAAGCUGGAAGGGAUUGUUGAUAAACUUCAUUGGUAUGUCCAGAACAGUGAUACGAUUGUGGACUUCUGCUGUGGUGCUAAUGAUUUUAGCAUCCUUAUGAAGAAAAAGCUUGAGGAGAAUGGGAAGAAAUGCUCAUACAGAAACUAUGAUUUACUUCCAACAAAGAAUGAUUUUAGUUUUGAAAGGAGGGAUUGGAUGACUGUCCAACCAACCGAGUUGCCAACAGGGUCACAGUUGAUCAUGGGGCUCAAUCCGCCCUUUGGGCAUAAAGCAGCAUUGGCUAACAAGUUUGUAGAUAAGGCUCUUGAGUUUAAACCAAAGCUCGUAAUUCUUAUAGUACCACCGGAGACAGAGAGGCUUGAUAAAAAACAAUCACCAUAUGAUCUUAUAUGGGAGGACGAGAAUUUUCUAUCAGGCACGUCAUUUUAUCUACCUGGUUCAGUUGACAGACAAAUGGACCAAAGGAAUGCAAGGCCACCUCUACUCUCCCUUUGGAGCCGUCCUGACUGGACUACUAAACACAAGGUCAUAGCCCAAGAGAAUGGUCAUGUAUGCAGCCAGCAUGAAGUAUUAGAUACAACUGAUCAUACUACGGAUGGAAAUUAUGCUGCCAAUUUAAAGUCAACUGAUAAUCAAGAAGAUCAGGCAUCUACUAGUGAAGGUCAGAAAAGAAUCUUACAUUAUGGUAAUAGUCAACUCAAUCCAAUCAAAGGAAAAUCCUCAGGUGAAGGUCUUAAGCCCAAAUCUGAUGAGGUUGGUGACGUGGUACCUGGUCACGGUCCUUCCUGGGGCCACUCGAGAAAUAAUAACGAGCAAGUAGUUUCAGAGACAGAGUCAUCUUGUAAGACGAAUACACCAGCUAUUGGACAAUGUGAACCUUGCCUAGGUAAUUUAAACCAUGUCAUGAGAAGCUCUUUGGUUUCUGAACCUCGUACAUUCAGUACAAGUGGCAGUCUUGGACGUAGCGUACCCCAAUCUAGAUAUGGUGGUGGGGGUUUGCUUGGUUUUGCUUCUGGUCCGAACUAUGCAUAUGCAAGCCAGCAUUCGUGUGGUUGGCUCGAGGAGUAAUUACUACAGCUGUUUCAUAUUUUUUUUUCCCCUUUAUUUCUGCACAAUGUUGUGCAUUCAGUUGAUAAGUUACAAUUAAUUUUUAACUGGUAAAAAUUGGUUUAAGUAUAUGUUGGAUCUUAGUUUAUGUUAUUAUAAUGGAAAUGAUCAGACGUUCUGUUUGAACCGUGUUAAAUUUGAGUCUUGUUUAUGGAAGAAAUGCAAGCUGUGCGUUUUUGGCU